AUGACAGAAUUAUCAAAGGUGGCAUCAGAUGGUCUUCAUUUGGUCGUUUGGGAAGAGCAGCAUACAGAAAAUGUAUUAGUCGUCUGCGAUGAGUAUCUCAUACCCAUGCUUGCUCAGAUGGAGGCGAAAAGUCACAAUCUGAAGGAAGAGCAUGCUGAGGCUGUUGCGGCAUCUCUGAUUCUGGAUCACUGUCAUUCUGGAAGUGAGCUGGGAUUGCAGCGGCAACGCCGAGAGGAAGAAUAG